AAUUUUCAAAACAUCAGCUUGUGGUCUGGAACAUAGGCCCAUAUCAAGAUUUUAGGUAGGUUUUCUGUUAAAACCCAAAUCAGGGUUUUGUUCACGCCGCCAGUGAUUUGUAGCUCUUCGAUUCAUCAAGGGCGGACCCGACACCGAGGUCCCCGACGGCAUGGCUGAUAAAAUUUCAUCUGAGAACAUGGACGUAGUUGAAACAAAGUCCGACGAGGUUGUAUCUGCUGAGAGUAGCGUCGGGAAGCGAUCUAGAGAGGAGAAAGACAUGCCGGAAAAUGAUGACAAUGGCGAAGCAUUGAAAAAGACGAAGGUCCAGAAUUCAGUGGAAGAGAAAAAAAUUGGACUCUUGGAUUGGAAAAAGGGUGCUGAUGGAGAGAAGAAGGAGGUCAAAUCGGAUCCAGUCACCGUCGGCCCGAAGACCUUCGGGUCAUCUGCUGAGAUGUUUGAUUAUUUCCACACGCUUCUUCAUUCCUGGUCUGUCAAUCUCAAUUUGAAUAAGUAUGAAGAAAUUGUGUUGAUGGAGUUGCUUAAGAAGGGGCAUGCAGAGCCAGAGAAAAAGAUCGGGAGUGGAAUUGAUGGAUUUCAAGUACAAUACCACCCUGUGUUUAAAAGCAGGUGUUUCUUCAUCUUAAGGGAGGAUGGCUCUACUGAUGAUUUCAGCUUCAGAAAGUGCGUGGACAACAUUCUGCCCCUGCCAGAAAACAUGACAACAAAAUCUAAGGGUGAGCAUGGUAAUGGUGGUGGAAGAUGGGGUGGGCGUGGUCGUGGACGUGGACGUGGCAGAGGUAAGUGGAGAAACUAAGCGAGUCCAACCGAAUUAGCAGGUGAAUGAGUCUAGUAAAGGCACUCAAUUGAUAGUCUUCCAAUGUGAUGGUAGAAUCUAUAUUACUCAAUUAUUUGCUCUUGAUAUUAUAUAAGGAAAAUUUACACAAUUACACUACUGUUUUUGCAUGUACUUUCUUUGAAGAACUAUACAAGUUAUAAGUUAUUACACACAUGUAAUGAUCUCCUUACCUAUUUGUAUUUUACCACUAAAAAAGUCUGGUAUUAUUAUCUCGAUCUCGUGUAAAAUAGGUUCGCAUAUCGGUAUGUCAUUAUGUAUCCUCGGGCUUUUCU